CCUACCUAGGUAUGGGAGUCAGGUUUGUUCUGUACAGCUAGCUGCAUCGUAUUUCCCUUUCUUUCCACAUUCUCUACUACGUACCUACAGUUACUGUUAGUUUACGUGCCUGGAUCAGGUACUCACCUACCUUUUAGAUAGGUACCUACCUUAGGUAUUGUAUGCAGACCAAGUCCCAAGCAAGUCCAAGAACAGCCGCGGCGGCAUUUUCCUGCGUGUGCGCCACUUGCAUCCCAUCUCAUCACUCGCUCUCAUCGUUGCCGGCAGUCAGUCGCUGCGCCUCGCGCCUUGCCGUCAAGCGACUGGCCUUGUUUCUCUCCCUCACUCACUCUAUCUCUAAUCAUUACCCUGCCCUACCUUGUCCUGCACCGUUAUCAUCGGGCUAUCAUCUCAUCCCGGCCUUGAGCAUUUCUCCUAGAAAGGCUCCAUCAGCUCCGCUUCUGCCCUUUUUAUCCUUUUGCCGGUACCCUCGUCUUGGUCCACUCACCCCCGCUGCCUACGUUGUAGUCCCUGUCCCGACCCGAUCCCCAGCUGGGUACGUACCCAACUACCUAGGUAACUAGUGCUGCGGAACUUGGUUGCAGUUUGACCUUUCAGAGCCCGUCUUUGCCGUUGGGGCUUGAGCAGCCAUCGGGGAUGUUUCCCCCCUCCAUGACAGCGCUUGCAAGUGGUCAGUCAUCCCAGGCGCACACCCCCCG